AUGAAGGCCCAGACCGCGAUUCUGCUACUCGUGGCGAGCAGCUUUUGUGUAGGAUCGCCCAUACCGCGACCCAACGCGACGAAGCCGCAACGUGAAAUCCCCCAGGAAGUUCUCGACCUCAUCUACGAGUCGUUCAUUACCGUGUUCCGCACGGUCGAGACAACCUACCCGCCGGAGCUGCUGGAACAACUGGCCAAGGAGCUGCUCACAAAUGGUGGUCGAUUUACGUUCUCUGAGGAGCUGAGCGCCACGCUCGAGGCAAAGACCGUCGAGGUGAAGCACAAUCUGAAGUAUGCGCUGGAAGAAUUCGCCUUCGCCGUGGCCGGUAUCGAUCCGACGGAUGAGGUCACGGUGGGCAAAGUACACGACUACCUGGACUACUCGGUCGAAGUGCUUGUCAAUUCGAUCCCUUGGGACGUGGUGGAGAAACUGGUUGUGGAGGUGCUGGAGAACGAAGGUUCGUUCGAAUUCACGCCAGAGCUAGAGGCGUUGCUGGCCGAAGCUUUGGUCAAUGCCAAGCUGGAGCUGCGCCAGAUUGUCGAUUACGAGUUUGAGGUGUUUGAGGACCUGCUCGAUCUGGACGAAGAAAUGCGCGCCCUGAUCUAUCAAGCUAUCGACUAUCUGGCGGAAGAAACGUACCAGGCGAUCCCAUGGAAGCUGCUGGAGGACAUAGUCUACGAAGUGAUCGAAAACGAUGGUGUUAUCGAUCUGUCGGACGCACUGAACGAUCGGAUGGAGGACACGCUUGAAGUGCUGCGUCAGAAACUGAUCGAGGUACUGGACUCAAUGGAAGCGCUCCUCUUCCCGACGUCGUUGGCUCGUGUCGUUUCGGAUGAAGUGAUGCAGCUCGUCUACGAGUCGAUUCUUACCGUGUUCAACAGCCUAGUAGACAACUUCCCGGACGACGUGUUCCAAGAUGUCGUCCACGCAGUUCUCAUCGCUGACGGUCGCUUUGACUUUUCGCCCGAGCUCACGGAGCGGUUUGAGGUUGCCCUACAAACCGUUCGCUCGGCCAUGCAAAAGGACCUGGUCGCUCUAGCUGCUGGUUUCGAAGGAGCAGAUGAAGAUACAGUGGCCCGUUUUGAAGAUUACUUCGAGCACGCGAUUGAAGUUACGUUCAGCGUGUUCCCCUACGAUGUUCUGGAAGAGAUUACGAAGGAAGUGCUGGCCAACGGUGGUGUGUUCGAGUUUUCCGACGUGCUCUGGGCCAUGAUCGAUGCUGAUUUGGUACGGAUCAAGGAGGGCAUGCGUGAACUGUUUGCGUACGAGUUUGAGGUGUUCCCCGAGCUACAGGGAUUGACCGAAGAGGAGAUUUUGCUGAUCAACCAGGCGUCAGACUUUGCCAUCGAUGAGGUGUACAAAAUCAUCCCGUGGGGUCUGUUCGAGGAGAUUGUCUACUCGAUUGUCUCCAACGAUGGACUGGUUGAUUUCUCCUCCGACUUGCUUGAGCGCAUCGACAAUACGAUGGACCAGAUGGCUAUAGAACUAAAAGAAAUCAUGGAUAGGGUCACUGAUAUGUGGGAAUAA